AGACAAACUGACAGACAGACAGACACACAUACCAGUCACUCCUCACAGGCACGCCCGCACCCACCGCAAUUACACAAUGGACAUGUAUGGCAUGCAUAUGGACAGCUCGGUUGUACGAAUUGCUCUUCGAAUGCAGGAAUGAAAUGCAAGCUAGAGAGCUGAUACCGGUGUGUAGCAAAGGGCCAACUGGAAAGGAGAAGACGCAAAAAGAAAUGGUAAAACAAAAAGACAACAAAAAGCCGACACACGCAAACACACACACGGACACACGCGCGACAUUCCAUGCAAAUACACACAUUUCCAUUCAGCACUGCAAACUGGUUUGGAAAAGGGAAGCAGCGACAGAUAUUCAGCCGUGGCGGUCGGUCGUGCCUUCCAUUUCAGCUGCGAACUGCUGCAAAUACAUAAACCAGUUAAGAAAAUCAUCGACGGGCGUGUUGUGUGUUUCUGGCGACGACAACGACGACGCCGUAUCACUCGGCGAUUGCAUUCAAACGGUUUCAGACCAGACGGAAGAAUAAAAAUUUUGUGUAAACCGAGUGAGUGAGCGACCGACUGACCAAACGACAGAUCGACACACAGACAGUGCCAAAGUCAAAGCCAGCCAGUGGUGUCAGUGUGUGUUCAACCAUUCAAAGCCCAGACUGGAGCUGAGCCUAGUGAUUUUUUUGCUGUCGCCAUUGCCUGAAGAAGCCUUCAGAUACAGAGCGUGUCGCGAAAGAAAAAAUCAAUUGUUCAUCGCGAAAAAAGAAUAGCCCGGUGAAAAUUUUCCAAAAUCCCUUUGAGAAGAAAAUUGAAAAAUCGACUAAAGCUACGGAAAAUGUCUCUGAUUCCAUUCAUAUUGGAUUUGGCCGAUGAGCUCCACGAAUUCAGCCGUUGCUUGGCCAAUGGAAUCGAUAUCAACGAUUUCGGAUUUGGUCUCUAUACUGGUUCCGAGCAACAAAAUCAAUCGCAACCCCCAUCAGCUUCAACAUCACAACAACAGCAGCAGAGUCCCAGACGUAGCCGGACCUCAUCGUUUUCCUCGUUUUGGAUGCCGACGAAACGCCAUCAUCCAUACAAUCGCAUCAAAAGUGCCUGCUGUGGCAAAAGCGCUGGCGAGGAGGGCGGCGCCACGGGCACCAACGCCACCACUGCCAGUCCUGAAAAAGACGCUACCCCAGUGCCAACACCGAACAAGACAGCUUCCUAUUCGGUGGUCAAUAAGAACGGCUUCCAGGUCAGCAUGAAUGUGAAGCAAUUUGCUCCGAACGAGUUGUCGGUGAAAACAAUCGAUAAUUGCAUCGUGGUAGAGGGUCGCCACGACGACAAGGAGGAUGGCCAUGGUGUCAUUUCGAGGCACUUUGUACGCAAGUACAUGCUGCCAAAGGGAUACGAUCCCAAGGAUGUGAUGUCGACUCUAUCUUCGGAUGGCAUUUUGACUGUAAAGGCUCCGCCACCUCCUCCGCCUAGUGCAAAGGUUGACGAGCCGAACGAACGAAUUGUGGAAAUUCAGCCGACACCUGGACCAACCCAAGUGGUGCCAGCCACCGUGUCUGCAGGGGCACAGCCUAAAGAGCAGACGAAAAAGCCAUUAUCUCCAGCGGCUCGCGAAGAGUGUCAAUUGCCAGAGAAGAGACAAAAACUCGAUGUGGCCCAACAGCAGCAGCCGCAGAUGGAUAAAAAGCAGGAGGUGGUGCAGGAGGAACAAGACACAGUGAAACAGCAGCAAGCUCCUCCAACACAAACAAUACCGGCAACAAAAACAACACAAUCGCAAUCCACAUCGACUCCACCACAAUCGCCAUCAUCGGGGGAUGCAGCAGCUGCCGGGGCUGGUGCACUUAACGACAAUGAGAAAGUUGAGGAGGAACAAACAGCUGAAAUUGAUGAUAAACAACAGCAACAACAACAUCAGCAAAAAGAAGACGACCGAGUCGAUGGAAAGGGGGAGCAACAACAGCAAACAGAGGAAGAAAUAACUGAUGUAGAGACUAACAAUGCCGUGGCUGCCAUUACAACUGCUGAAGAAGAUAAGACUGAAAAUCAGCUGGAAACUAAAGAGUCUGCCAUGGAAAUCGAUGAGACUGAAAACAACAAAACUGCUGAAGCAGACGAGGAAGGUGGCGAGGAACGAGACAUGGUGGAGAAAAAACUGCCCGAAACUAACGGCAGCGACAACAUCGGAGAGAUUGCCGAAGCAAUUGAACCGGCUGCCGAGUCCUGCACCAACACAACUACCAGUUCCGCUGAAAAAAGUAACGACGAAGUUCCUGCUGAGGCUGUGAGUGAAGCUGAUGGCCAACCCCCAGAGUCCAAUGCCAUGGAAGUGGAUGGUGAUGAUGAUGUGGCAGAACAGACAAACAAUACAGCAGCUGAUGAAGAUGCGACGAAUGUUGGUGCCGGCGAGGACAAACUGAAGGAGGGCGAGAAGGAAAAGAAAGCCGAUGACAAAUGCCCAGAAACAGCUGAAAAUUCCAACUCCACACCAAUAAACAAUGACAAAGAAGACAAUAAAGCAAACUCCAAGUCAACCGGCGAAACUCCAGCUGACGCCGCGGACUCGGUUGCUGCUGAAUCUGCCAAUGACAAAGUGUCUGAUGCAGAAACAGCUGUAGACACCACCACAGCCACAGCCACUACCAUUGCCACAGACAUUGAUGUUGCCCUACUCAAAAAGGCUGCCGCAACAGCUGACGCUGCCGAAAUCACAGCUGCUGCAGAAAAUGCUUUGCUCUCGGAAUCCAUGGAUGGCAUUGCAACCACUGACUCGCCAGUGGAUACCGUUGAGUGUUCUCUCUUUGCCAAGUCAUUGGGAAAUGGAAAUAGUAAUUCAGCAGCAGCCCUAGUGGCCAAGGAAGAAGUCGCAAACUAGACAACGCCAGAGCUCUCCCUGUCACUUUUUGUUUUAGGUAAAGUGACAGCAUAGAACUGAGAACAACAAAUGAGAGACUAUUAUUGUAAUGCAGAUUUUAUUGCGGAAUUUUUUCCUCUCUCACUCUCUAUCUGCCGCCAAACACUGACUCAACGAAGGAACGAACGAACGUACGAAGAAAAAUGGAGCUCUGGGAAGUGCGCAUUAACUCAACAGAUACAAUGAACGACACACAAACACACACACACACAAUCACUCACUCCAAUCCACACAAACACACACAUGCACACGCAAUUCAUCCAGUCACGAUGAUACAGAUACUAUUUCGCCAGAAGAGGAGUACUUAAUUUUGCCAACAACCGAAACACCAUCAACCGCAAAAAAAAAAAAAAAAAACAAAGAAUUAAAUCAACCAAGAGGAAAACAACAACAAUAACAACAACAACAACAACGGCGUAGCGUAGUGGCGCCAACAAAAACGUCAGCUAAGCUGUCGGCGGCGGCAGCAACAACAAUACCUUAGACAUAAUCUAUAACAACAACAACAACCAGCCGUACGUAGCAACAGUAUAAAGCCCGGGCCGUAGCAGAACCGGAAACAGAGGCAAAAGCAGCGGCUUCUUGACUCAGGCGCAAUGCUCUGCAGCCCGUAUUCCUAAUUUUCCUAUGCUCUUAUUAAUGAAAUAUACCUAUACAUAUAUGCAUAUUAUUAUUAUUUUUUUAUUAUUAUUAUUGAAAAUUAUUAUUCCUAUCCUAGGAUGUAGAAAUCAAUUAUGGAAAUAAUUCUUAAGUUUUUUUUUUUUACUAUUAUUAUUAUCCUUAUCAUCAUCAUCAUCGUCGACUACAGGAGGUUAUGUUUUAGGCCAAACAACAGCAGCAACAAUUCCAUUGUCCCUCGAUUAACCAUCAGGAGCACAGGCAGACAGACGACAGACAGACAAACAGACAUACCGACCGACAGACCGGCACUCUCACUAUUGGAUUGGAUGAAUGAACCGCUGCUAACCGAUUGGGAAUUGGAGAACAUUUUCAGAUGUUAAAUUAAGCAGAGAUUCCAGCUUUUAUUUGAACUUUAAAAAAGUAUUAAUUUUAAGUAUUUACAUAAUGAAUAAAAACAAAAAGAACAACAACAACAAGAAGAAGAAGAUGAAGAUGAAGAGAAAAAUAUAUAAAAACGAAAAAUUAUUAAUGAAAACACACAAAAACGAUAUACAUACAUAAAUUGCGAUCAAAUCAAUGAAUUAAGAAAAAUAAAACAAAAACAAUUGAAAUAAAACAAAAACAAAGAAAAAGAAAUACCGAUAUUAUGAAUAUUAAAGGAAAGUAAACAAUGAAGAAAGAUAGAACAACAACAACAACACUUACAUAAUGGUAAUCUCCAUGGCAGAAAGCCAUUCAACAUUCAAAGAAUUAAUUGAUGAUUAACAUCGUCAUCAUCUUCGGCGUCGUUGGAACGUCGUCAGAACGACGAAAAUGGUAUUACAUAAAUAAAUGAAAUAAAAAUCUUAAACUACAUAAAUUAUUGUAUGUGAGAAUAAAUAAAUUUCAAAA